AUGCCUCCCAAGAGCGCCCUGAAGGCUAUCCGGGCGGAUCUGGAUGCCGGAGACUAUUCCCAGGCAGCGUCGAAGGCAUCUGACCUGUGCACACAGGACCCCCAAAACUAUCAUGCCCAUAUAUUCCUGGGUCUGGCCAGGGACAAGCUCAACGACCAUAGUGCGUCUGAAAAGGCAUAUGGAUCUGCGAUCAAGAUUAAAGAUAGCGACAAGACAGCCUGGCAAGGGCUGAUCGGCUUGUACGAGUCCCAGGGCUCCAAGAGGCUAGAAAGCUACGGGAAAGCAGUAAUUAAUCUAUGCAAUAUAUUUGGAGACACUGACGAAUAUACCCGAGCCCAUGGAGUGUUGGACAAGUAUAUCAAAUUUGUAAAAGACCAAGGAUCGAAGAUCCAAUACAUCCAUGCUCUCCAGCUGCAGCUGCCAACCAGUCCCAUCUACAAGAGUGUAGAAGGACUGGUUCCUCGUCCUUCCGAGACCUACCUUCGUGUAGCUGAACUCGCCGAGCAAGAAGAGAAAGAGUUUAUCAAUCGUGAAAUCGGCGAACGGCGGACCAGGUUAGGUGCACGGAUUGACCAGGUUACCUUGGAAGUAAAACUUGAGGCCUUUAAUCGGGGAGUGCUCAACGAGUUGUACCAGGGAAUCGUCGACUGGACAAACGACGACGGAACACGCCGUUCUUACGAGGAAAAGCUCCUUCAGAGGCACUAUGACCACCUUCGUGUUCUCCCCCCGAAGGAGAAAGCGGGAAAACGCGAAGUGGUGCGAAAGGCUGCCCGUGGUAUGGUAAUCAUCAAACAUCCGUUUGAACUGGCAUGGAGAAUAGUUCUUGAUUGGAGCGAUAAUGGAGUCCUUUCUGGAUUAGAUGUGACGCUAUUGAGAGACUUCAUUGACCUAUUCCCAGAUCAUGGCCUCAGUAAGGUACUCAAAGGUUUUCUGAACACCGACAUGUCCCCUUUCCCCCCAGAGAAGAAAACAAAGGAAGAAGAAGAAGCAGCCAAAAAGGAAGGAAAUGCUGAAUCCGAAAUCCAAACCAUGUUUGAAGACCAUCUGCUCUUGAUGGCCGAGGGUUUAGAACAGGCUACCGAGUCAGUCUUAGCUCAUCGGAUCAUGGGUGAGGUAUAUUCCCAUCUAGAGGAAUUCCAGACCGUUGUAAAGGUAUCUCGGAAAGGCUUGGCUAUCAACGCUGAUAUACGGCGUAAUACGGGUCUUAAGCUGCAAAAUACUGUUGAUUCACUUAAUAUCACGCUUGCUUCCGCACUAAUCCCAUACCAGUCACCCAGGCAUCACCCAGAAGCGAAAGCUAUAUUUGAAGAUAUACUUGCGCGAAAACCACAGGAAGAUAGCUGUCUCCUUGGGCUGGGGUUGAUUUUAGAGGAAGGUCAUGACUACAUUGCCGCUAUGGACUUACUAGCCCAGGCGAUGUCGAGAGACGAGAAAAAUGCUAAAGUGCGAAGCGAACUAUUUUGGUGCAAGGUUCAGAAUGGAGAGCUAGAAGCUGCCUUGGAAGGCCUUGAAGAAACUCUCCCGCUCGUUCAACCCCUGGAUUCACGUUGGUAUAGUCUAAGAGCUGAGAUUCUGUACCGCAUCGGAUUCUGCCAAUGGGAAUUGGAUUCAUCCAUCUCUGCUAGAAAGAACCGGAAUGGUGCUUAUUCCAAAUUCUUAGCAUCCAUACAAGCAGACAUGAACUAUGCACCGGCAUAUUCUAGUCUUGGAGUUUACUACGCUGACUAUAAAAAGGAUAAAAAAAGAGCCCAGAGAUGCUUCCAUAAAGCAGUCGAGCUCUCAUCGUCUGAGAUCAUGGCAGCCGAACGGUUAGCUCGUGAGUUCGCAGAUCAAGGAGAAUGGGACCUAGUUGAGGCGAUUGCGCAAAGAGUUGUGGACUCAGGAAAGGCAAAGCCGUCCCCAGGGUCUAAGAGAGCCGGACAUAGCUGGCCCUUCGCUGUUCUAGGGGUGGUUGAGAUAAACCGACAACGUUACGCAAAGAGUAUCGUCCAUUUUCAAACCGCAUUACGGAUCUCGCCCAAUGACUAUCAGUGCUGGGUCGGAUUGGGUGAAAGUUACUACAACUCGGGACGAUACAUUGCUGCCACCAAGGCUUUCCAAAAUGCGGAGUUACUCGAAGCUCGGUUACCGGAGUCUGAAAGAGGCCAGGUGUGGUACUCAAAAUACAUGAUGGCAAAUCUAGAAAGAGAGCUCGGGAACUACGAAGUGGCUAUUAGGAUGUAUGAGGAGGUCAUGGAACUGAGAAACGAGAAAUUCGGUGUAUCUGUUGCGUUACUGCAAACCCUAACUGAGAGCGCAUGGAAGGCCGCUGAGUCUGGAUUUUUUGGGGAAGCUGCCGAAACCGCAAAACGGGCAAUCGAGACAGGCUUAUCUGUGGUAAACUAUCAACCCAGCGGCUUCAAUCUAUGGAAAUCCAUCGGUGACGCCUUUUCGGUCUUCUCCUGGGUUAAUGACAAGUCGUCAUCCAUGCCCAUCGCAUCGUUUAUAACCACACUUAAAACAAAGUGUGACAGCGCAGCUUUCAAUAUUGUUUCCAAUCUGGAUGGAAUUGGAGAAAAUUUUGAAACUCUUUUUGAAAACCCUCAGAGUAUUGACAGGCAGGACCCCUUGACCCCCAUGUACGCGACCAUUUUAUCCUUCAAGUACGCCCUCUCUGCUACUGCCAAAGAUACCCACGCUCAAGCAUUGGCAUGGUAUAACCUAGGGUGGGCUGAAUAUAGAGCUCACACGCGACGAUCUUCAAGUGCCAAAAAAUCGACUACCAGCAAGCGGAGCGGGUUUAUCAAAGCCGCUAUUCAAUGUUUUAAAAGGGCAAUAGAGCUUGAAGCCGGGAAUGCUGAUUUCUGGAACGCAUUGGGCGUUGUUACGGCUUCGCAAAGUCCAAAGGUAGCACAGCAUGCAUUUGUUCGAAGCCUUCACCUUAACGAGCGAAAUGCGUUCGUAUGGGCAAACCUAGGAGCCCUUUAUCUCUUGAAUGAUGACUAUCAACUAGCAAAUGAAGCCUUCACGCGAUCACAAUCGGCAGACCCAGACCACGCCCAUGCCUGGUUGGGGCAGGGGCUAUUAGCGAUGCUCAUCGGGGACCCCGUCGAGGCACGCGAGCUGUUCACACAUGCAUUUGGCCUUGGAAAUGCGAAUAGCGUUUUCCCAAAACAGCAAUAUGCCAUAUCAAUGUUCGACGAUAUCAGCACUAGUGCAGCAACUAUACCAGCACAAUUACUUCAACCGCUAUUUGGCCUGCAUCAGCUUCGUUCCGUGGACCCUUCGGAAUUAUUCCAUCACCAUCUCUCUGCACUUUUCGCCGAACGUACUGGUGAUCUUGCCGACGCAAAAUCAGAUCUGGAGGUGGUUUGUUUAGGGGCCGAAGCUGAGUAUGAGUCGACGGAAUCCAUAUACACGUUGUUGAAGUAUGCACAGGCAUCAGCCGACCUGGCUCGAAUACAGUUGGGGCAGCUAGAAUAUGAAGGUGCGGCUGAAAGUGCCGAAACUGCGAUAAACCUGACGUCAGAAGAAGGCGUACGUGAUCGUAAUAAAGGCCUUUAUCGAACGAUUAGGUUAUCGGCUCAUUUGACUGCGGGUCUGGCGUUAUACUAUCUCGGCCGCAUGGACGAAUCUAUUGAGAUGUUCCGUGACGCAAUUCAGGAGGCCGAGAAUUCGCCGGACGUUACAUGUUUGCUUGCACAGGUGCUUUGGGCCAAAGGCGGCGAUGAGGAGAGACUGGUUGCUCGAGAGCAGCUUUUUGAAUGCGUUGAAAACCAUCUUGAACAUGUGGGAGCUAUUACACUUCUGGGCGUUAUUGCCCUGCUGGAUAUGGACGAGGAUGCCAUCGAAGCCGUGGAAUCAGAUCUGCAAAGCAUGAGGACAAGAAAUGAUAUAGAUAUCCACAGCGCUGGGAAAAUUGUGCAACUCCUUGCAAGCAUUCCGGCCCUGAGAUAUGACGCACAAGCGGAGACAACGCGCACCUCCAAAAUGUUAGAACAAGCCACCACAUCUAAAAAUAUCCCGCCGAAAUGGCAGUCCGAACAGCAUCUAUAA